AUGACGCCCCUUCUUGAGAAAUCGUCUCCGGGCGUCGCUCCUCCCGGUGGGAAGGAUGAGGAAAGUGUAACGCAGGAGAAUGGUCGGCCUGCUGCGACAACGGUGGCCGUGCCGGACUUUUCUGUCGGCGGCACGGCCGAGCUACGGAAAAGUGACAGCAGCCACGCUGCUGCUGCUGCUGCUGCUGGCAGCGGCUCUCUUGUGCUUCUUGCCGCGGCCGUGGCGCUGCCUGUCUGA